UCGCUCGCUCGCUCGCGCGCUUUCAUUUCUUCUUCUUCUUUCUUCGGAGGCGGCUGCUCGUCGGCCGGCCGAUCGCCCUCUCUUCGCCGGCGACGCUCCGUUCCUAUCCGGCGGACGAGAUAGAAGAGAAAAAGGGCGGGGUCGAAUCUCCAAGAAACAUCCAAGAAUUAACCGAAGAAUUCGAUUUGGUGGCGCCGACGAGAGGACGGAGAAGAAUCUCUUGGAGCCGUCGGAGAGCUCGCAGUCGAUUCAAAUUCGCUUCUCGAUCCGAUCUCUGUGUCGCCUCGCGCUUCUUCCUUCGAGGUGGAGAUUGGUGGAAGAGGGGGUGCAGUUAUUGAGACCUGGACCGGUGUUGUCGUCAUGUGGUGGUUGGUUUGCGACCUUGAACUGCGGGCAUCUAGAAGGUUCGUACGGUGGGAACCUCCUCGCUACGGAGCUAAAGGAGAGAGAUCAUUGAAGUCAAGGAGAACGCCACAAGAAAGAAGCAGCAGCAAGGGAAAGCAAAGAAAGCUCUCUCUUUCCCUGUGUAUAUAUGUAUUAUUCUCUAAUUAUUUCAUUCGUAAUUUUCCAACAACAAAAAUAACGAAAUAAGCUUCAAAUCCCAUGGCUGCUUCUCCUUCGUCCCCUUCUUGGUUCACCUCUCUCACGUGCAACCCCUACUCCUCUAUCCAUCAACCUGAGUCUCUUCUCCAAUGGCUCCGCUUCAUUUUCCUCUCCCCGUGCCCGCAGCGCCUCCUCUUCUCCGCCGUCGACGCUGUCUUCCUCCUCCUCCUCCUCGCCUUCGCCCUCCACAAGCUCUUCUCCCGCCUCAUCCACCGCCGCCGCAGCGGGGAACCGGACUCCGAUGCCCUGAAGCCUCUGCUGUCCGGGUCCCGGGUCGUUCUCCGGACUGACUUCCGAUUCAAGCUCGCCCUCGCGAUCUCCUCCUUCCUCGCCGUCUCCUUCGCCGUCCUCCUUGUCCUCGUCCUCACCUGCCUCCCCCGAUCCCAGUGGCAGCUCGCCGAGGCCGCCUUCCUCCUCCUCCAAUCCCUCUCCCACCUCGCCGCCGCCGCCGUCGUCGGCCACGAGAAGCGCUUCCAGGCCGCCGCCCACCCGGCCACCCUUCGCGUCUUCUGGGUCGCCACCGUGCUCCUCACCGCCCUCCUCUCCGCCUCCGCCGUCCUCCGCUUCGUUGCCACCGCCCCGAUCUUUCCCGACGAUGUCCUUUCCAUCGUCGCCCUCGCCCUCUCCCUCCCCCUCCUCUUACUCGCCGUCUCCGGCUCCACCGGCGUCUCCGUCGACCACCUCCGCCCCCCCGACGAACCGCCGGCCCGGUCCGACCUGAACCACCCUGAACCGAAUGUAACCCUGUACGCGACCGCCUCGAUCCUCUCCCUCAUUACGUGGAGCUGGAUGAACCCUCUGAUCUCCAAGGGCUACCGUUCGACGCUGAACCUGGCCGACGUGCCGUCCCUGGCACCGGACCACCGGGCGGAGCGGAUGUACGAGCGGUUCCAGUCCAAGUGGCCCCAACCGGCGGUCCGGUCGGCUCACCCGGUCCGGACCACCCUCCUCCGCUGCUUCUGGCCCCACCUCCUCUUCACGGCCUCCCUCGCCGUCCUCAGGCUCUUCGUCAUGUACAUCGGCCCCACCCUCAUCAACCGCUUCGUCGACUACACCUCCGGCCGGCGGUCCUCCCUCGCCGAGGGCUACUACCUCUGCGCCAUCCUCCUGGCCGCCAAGUUCGUGGAGGUCCUGGCCUCCCACCAGUACAACUUCCACUCCACCAAGCUCGGCAUGCUAAUCCGCUCCACCCUCAUCACCGCCCUCUACAACAAGGGUCUCCGCCUCUCGUGCUCCGCCCGCCAGUCCCACGGAGUCGGCAUGAUCGUCAACUACAUGGCCGUCGACGCCCAGCAGCUCGCCGACAUGAUGCUCCAGAUCCACUACAUAUGGCUGAUGCCCCUCCAGGUGGGCACCGCCCUGGGCCUCCUCUACAUUUACCUCGGCCCUUCCGUCACCUCCGCCGUCGUCGGCAUCGCCGGCGUCAUGCUCUUCGUCAUCCUGGGCACCCGCCGCAACAACCGGUUCCAGUUCUCCCUCAUGGGCAUGCGGGACAAGCGCAUGAAGGCCACCAAUGAGAUGCUCAACUACAUGCGCGUCAUCAAGUUCCAGGCCUGGGAGCGCCACUUCGAGGAACGAAUCAAGCAGUUCCGGGAAGGGGAGUACGGCUGGCUGGCCAAGUUCAUGUACUCCAUCUCCGGGAACAUCAUCGUGAUGUGGAGCGCGCCGGUGCUGAUCGGGGCGCUGGUCUUCGCCACCUGUGUGGCGGUCGGCGUGCCGCUGGACUCCGGCUUGGUGUUCACCGCCACGUCCUUCUUCAGGAUCCUCCAGGAGCCGAUGCGGAACUUCCCGCAGGCGCUCAUCUCGGUGUCACAGGCGACGGUGUCGCUGGAUCGCCUCGACGCGUACAUGACCAGCGGCGAGCUGGAGGACGGCGUGGUCCACCGCGUCGGCGGCGGCUGCGACGAUGAUGGGAGCGGCGCCGCGAUCGAGGUGACGAAUGGCGCGUUCGCGUGGGACGACGAGGCGGAGGUGAGCGACGCCGUGCUCAAGGGGAUCCACAUCAAGAUCAGGCGCGGCGCGCUCGCGGCCGUCGUGGGGACCGUCGGAUCCGGCAAGUCCUCCUUCCUCUCCUGCAUUCUCGGGGAGAUGCACAAGAUCUCGGGCAAGGUCAAGGUUUGUGGGAGCACAGCCUACGUAUCACAGACGGCAUGGAUCCAAAAUGGAACCAUUCAAGAGAACAUCUUGUUUGGGCAGCCAAUGAAUCAGGAGAAAUACAAGGAAGUCAUCCGGGUUUGCUGCUUGGAGAAGGACUUGGAAAUGAUGGAGUUUGGGGAUCAGACUGAGAUUGGGGAGAGAGGGAUCAAUCUCAGUGGCGGACAAAAGCAACGCAUCCAGCUCGCCAGGGCUGUUUAUCAGGAUUGCGAUAUCUACCUCCUUGAUGAUGUCUUCAGUGCCGUUGAUGCUCACACAGGCUCAGAGAUCUUCAAGGAAUGUGCAAGAGGUGCUCUCAAGGAGAAGACUAUUGUGCUUGUAACACACCAAGUAGACUUCUUGCAUAAUGCCGACCUUAUAAUAGUCAUGCGAGAUGGGGCGAUCGUACAAUCUGGAAAAUACAAUGAAUUACUAAAUUCAGGCUCAGAUUUUGCAGCACUUGUUGCUGCUCAUGACAGUUCCAUGGAACUUGUAGAACAGAGUGGUUCUACUGGUGAACACAUAGAGCAUCAGCCAAAGCCAUCAGUACAACCUGCCACAAAUCAGGAGCAAUCUAAUGGAGAGAGCGGUUCUGCGAUCUCACCAAAGAAAGAAAAGGGCACUUCUAAACUGAUAGAGGAGGAGGAAAGGGAGAGUGGUCAUGUCAGCUGGAAUGUGUACAAGUUAUACAUGACUGAGGCUUGGGGUUGGUGGGGAGUAGUGGCAGUAUUGGCAGUUGCUUCUAUGUGGCAAGCUUCGUUAAUGGCAAGUGACUAUUGGUUGGCAUAUGAAACGUCUGAAGAGAAUGCAGCUUCAUUCCGUCCAUCCUUAUUUAUUCAAGUUUAUGCCACUAUAGCUGCAACUUCAGUUGUCCUUGUUGCAGCCAGGUCUUUUCUCGUAGCAUACUUGGGGCUCAAAACUGCACAGAUCUUUUUCAAGCAGAUUCUCAACAGUAUCCUGCAUGCUCCAAUGUCCUUCUUUGACACCACCCCUUCUGGAAGAAUUCUUACCCGGGCAUCAUCCGAUCAGACCAACAUCGAUCUUUUUCUUCCUUUCUUUGUAGGAUUAACUGUUUCAAUGUACAUUACAGUGUUCAGCAUCAUUAUAAUUACAUGUCAGGUUGCCUGGCCAACAUUGAUAGCCAUAUUGCCACUGGGAUGGCUGAACAUCUGGUACCGGGGAUAUUAUUUAGCAACAUCUCGGGAGCUAACCCGUCUUGACUCGAUCACAAAAGCACCAGUUAUCCAUCACUUCUCAGAGACAAUUCAGGGUGUCACGACAAUCCGGAGCUUCAGAAAGGUGGAAAGGUUUUCCCAGGAAAAUUUGUAUAGAGUCAAUUCAAGCUUACGCAUGGAUUUUCACAACAAUGGUUCCAAUGAGUGGCUGGGAUUCCGGCUGGAACUGAUAGGAAGUUUUGUCCUCUGUAUCUCUGCUUUGCUCAUGGUCAUGCUGCCUAGCAAUUUUAUAAAACCAGAGUUUGUUGGUCUAUCUCUCUCCUAUGGUCUCUCUCUCAACACUGUAGUGUUUUAUGCCAUAUGGAUUAGUUGCUUUAUAGAGAAUAGGAUGGUUUCAGUAGAAAGGAUAAAACAGUUCUGUAAUAUUCCUUCUGAGGCAGCUUGGGAGGUCAAAGACUGUCUAGUGUUGCCAAACUGGCCAACCAGAGGAGAUGUCAUCAUCAAGGAUUUAAAGGUUAGAUAUCGAUCAAACACUCCUUUAGUUCUUAAAGGGAUUUCAAUUAGGAUUCAUGGAGGAGAGAAGAUAGGAAUUGUGGGAAGGACUGGGAGUGGCAAGUCAACAUUGAUACAAGCUCUUUUCAGAAUAGUAGAGCCUUCUGAGGGCCAGAUAAUCAUAGAUGGAGUAGACAUUUGUACUUUGGGUCUUCAUGAUCUCAGGUCGCGCUUUGGAAUUAUUCCUCAAGAACCAGUUCUAUUUGAAGGAACAAUUCGGAGCAACAUUGACCCAAUUGGAAAGUAUUCAGAUGAUGAGAUAUGGCAGGCCCUUGAGCGUUGCCAACUCAAAGAUGCUGUUGCUUCAAAGCCUGAUAAGCUUGAUUCACUGGUGGUUGACAAUGGAGAGAAUUGGAGCGUUGGACAGAGGCAGCUUCUGUGCUUGGGACGGGUUAUGUUGAAACGCAGUCGUAUCUUGUUCAUGGAUGAGGCAACUGCUUCAGUGGAUUCACAAACAGAUGGUAUGAUUCAAAAGAUCAUUCGAGAAGACUUCGCGGCAUGUACAAUCAUUAGCAUUGCUCACAGGAUACCCACAGUCAUGGACUGCGACAGAGUUUUGGUUAUAGAUGCAGGAUUAGCAAAGGAAUUUGACAAACCAGCCAACUUGAUCGAACGUCCAUCCCUCUUCGGAGCUCUGGUUCAAGAGUAUGCCAACCGCUCUUCUGAUAUAUAGGUCACAAGUGUACCGAAUUCUGCGAAAAAUGAAGAUAUGGACCUGCCUCAGUCAAAAGAACAACAGAGGUGUGUAGGAAUCCUAAUGCACUGACAGGGCAGUAGCUGAUGAUGCUGGAUCAUAAAGAAUAUAUAUAUAUAUAUAUAUUUAAGAACAAGGGUGUGGAGCAAUUGAAGGUAUCUUAUACCAUGGUUGUUUGAUACUUCAUAAGUGGAUGGCAUUUCUUCAAUCUCCAUUACUAGAUUUGAGCUGUGAUUGACUGCUAAAUUCUGAUUCAGGAAACCAUCUGCUAAAGUUCUCGAUCACACGCAUCAAAUUUGAAGAAUUGUAUUUGUAACUGCUUUAUGUUAUGUAUAGUGGGAGUAAGGCAGCAGAAAAUUUUGCAGCGAACAAGCUCAGACUCGAAAUAAAAUUUCUUCAUCACCUGUAGCAACUUUCUCUCUUUGUUUCUCAUCUUGCAUCAGAUAAACUUUCAGAUUUUGGUACGCAUCAUGUAGGAUUUUAUAUCAA